CCGUUUUUGAAAAGCUGGCAAACUUAUCAUCACGGCCAUGAAUAUCAUUUCAAAAUUUUUGUCAACUUUAGAAGAUCUCAAAAACAAAAAUUUUCGCUAGCUUGUGGGCAGACGAAACGAAUGGAUCAGGAGUACAAACUCUUAUUGAAUCACCAAAGUAUCGCGAGUAAUGGAACAGUUCACGUCAAGAUUUUUGCAGAAAACGCAGCAGCAAGAAGACGCCACAGUGCCAACAAGAAUACGUUGCAUGCAACAGCUUUGUGUUGACAUUGAGGCGAAUGACAAGAGAACGCUACAAGGAGCAAUGAUGCCCAUUGAUAACUUAUUAGGUUAUCUACACAAUGACAGUAAAUUCGAGCAAAUGCAUGAGCAUAUGCAGGGAUCAAAUCUUAUUUACAAUCUAACUACGCCGAGUCUGAGCUCUGGCUAUGGCGGUUACGAGGUACAACAGUUAUCCGGUGACAACAAUUCAUCGCCCAGCGAACUCAUCACAGCACUGAGGUCCGCGAUCGAAGCUCUCGAGAGAAGCCCGGGUGCCAACGAGCAGGUUGGCGAUGCCGCAGCCACCAGAAUGGAAAGUGACACCAGAGAACCGACGUUCCCAUUGGAACAAAGAUCGCCACAGCCCACUGGCAAUAACGAACUGCAAGCACUGACGGAUCUGGUGCGUCAGACAAUGUUUCGACUGGACAACUACAUGGCACUGCAGGCCGAGCAGCAGACGCAGCAGUUCGAUCUCGACCCGUACCUGAUGCCAGAGUUGCCAGCAAAUCCACCGAGUUUUAUGAAUCCUCUAAAGCAGCUUAAUAUGUGGCAACAGCUGAAGACGACGCCGUCCAAGGGUAGAGUUAAGCGCACAGUGAAAGUGAUGCCUGUGCAGCCGCUGGUCAUCAUGCCGCCAACGCCUCCGCCACAGUCGACGCCUGCCCCUGAACGUUACCGUCUGCGACCACGUAAAAAGCGAGCUACUGCUGCUGCUGCUUCUGCGAUUGAAGUGCCAAAGGAGGUAAAGGAGACGAAGCGGGACAGCGGCACAACGAUGUGGUGUCCUAGCGAAUACUGUCAACAUUUUUGCGGUGUCAACUGUGCUCCAAACUUCAAGUCGGAUGACAGUAUUAUGUGUCCGCAUCAUCAUCAACUGCACUCCAGCCAGGACACUAUUCCGGGUAAGACAGUGCGUUGUGCAGCGGGCACUAGGCAUCAACCAGAGAUGUUAGAGGAGCAUCUUCCACAGCCCAGUGAGCAAAGCAGCCUGCUCGAUGACUGGUAUGAGACGGCGCAACGCAGCCUUGCCGAACUGGAAACGGAAAAGAUUAAUUAUACGAACAUGUCAAGCUGCGAAAAACUCCAACAAACCGAUUCUUGUGAGACAGUCAGUGAAGCCACGGACACCGAGAAUCUGCAAACCAAGGACUUCAUUGCCACCACAGACAAAGGCGUCAAUACCACCAGUAAUGUAGAAAAGCCAAUGAAGCUGGUGCGCAUUUACAAGUGUUCCGCACUCCAGGCGAAGAAAAGUCCAAGCAAAAGCCAAGGCAAGGUCAGGUUUGUCAAGGAUACGGUAAGCAAGAGCGAGACUCCCUACAGCAGCAGCAGCAAGGAAUCAACUGCAAUGAGGAGAACACCUGUAGCCAAGAGAACAUCAGGAGGUGCCACAUCCAUGGCAUCGACAGCAACCUCAGCUUAUCCCAGGAAAAGUUCAGAAAGUGUCAAUCAGGCGGCAACCAUGGCACAACCUUCGUGGCCGGCGCUUACCAAGCUGCGUGUGCUUAGCACAAUGAGCGAGGCCACCGAAGACUCCCAAAGGCGUCGCUGUAGGCCAUCGGAGACGGCCAGGUUUCAGCAGAUGCUCGAAGAUGAGGAGCAGAAAGCCAAGGAAGCCAAAGCCAAGGAGUUUGCCAAUCGCUUCGGCCGCUGCAAAGGCGGCACCAUUGCCAAGUUCGAUACGCUGCCAACAUAUCCCAGCGGCUGGACACAGGUUGCCAUGAUGGAAUAGUCAAGAUUGGAGAUUGUGUCACACAUUUAGUACAUUUGGAAUUUCAUCAGCCAGUAGGGGGCAAUGGAUUGAAUAUAUGCCGAACACAAUCAAGUUCGUGGAUGAAAGCAGGACGCAAAAUCGUACAAUGGCGACAGGCUUAGAACAGGAGAUGGAAGAACCAGUUCAGCAGCCUAACCUUUGCAGAGAAGAACAGAUAGCUCCGACGACGGGACAGAAACAACAUCAGCACAAAGAGAGCACAAGUUCUUUUGUACCUUCACAGCACGGCAACGGACAUGCUUUCGAUCUUGGUAGCGUUGCUAACUUAGGUUCUUCAAUUCCAAUCAAUUGUUGGCAUCGAUUCAAUGCGCAUCCGUCAACAUGGCAAGAGGAAGUGCUGCCUAAAAUUGAUCCAGAAGCGAGAAGUUAUGAGUCCAACGCACAGUGUGCUUCGCAAUCGCAAUUGCCCCAAGCGGGUUCUACCUGGCCAUCUAAUGAUCAGGUUUCUCCAGCCCAAAGCGCAUCUCAAGGACAAUUCAGGACUUAUGGCAACCCGAUGGUGCAACAGCAUCAGCCUAGGCCAACCAUCUUAGUCAUAGUCGUCAACAAACAUGGCGAGUCUUCUGGAGGGGUUCCUGGCGUCGCCUCUGGCGGAGUUCCUGGCGGAGCUUCUGGCGGAGUUCCUGGCAGAGCUUCUGGCAACUAUCAGCCGCCCAUACCUUAUCCUAUGACGGAAUAUCAAGUUAAUUAUCAGC